AAAUAUGAAAAGUUAGCCUAAAAAAUUUUUCCGAAUUUUCUCCAAUUUCUUUUUUUUUUGCGGAAUCCUCAGUUUUCCUCACACAAACUUGAAAUUUUCGGUUCCAAAAUGUCCAUAAACGUCGAUGAAUUCCAAUGCUACCGUAUUCCAAACGUCUACGUCCAAUGGUACGAUCUGGAGCCAACAAUUCAUUGGUUGACCGGUGGAAAUUCAAAUUCGCGGCAAAUUCAGGAGAUGGACCAGAAGAAGAAAAAGAUACGCUCAACAUCCGCCUACGCGCUAUUCUUCCGGGAACGGCAGUCGCUGGAGAAACGGGCCGCGCCAUACGCCACCUUUGGUCAGAUCUCACAGAAAAUCGCCCGGCAAUGGGACUCGCUGACCGAGGAGGAGAAGAAGGCCUACAAACAGCGAUGCGAGAAAAAUCGGAAGACAAGCAUCGCCAACGCCGUCGAGGAGAAGGCUAGGCAGCUGCUCACCGCCUCGAAAUUUCAGUGAUCUACUCUAAAUUCCAAAAAAAAAAGAACACUUUAUUACUCCUCAAAAUAAACACAUUUCAAAUGCUCUUCAA